AAAUCCGUCCGUGGGUAUUGGGUCGUCGCUGACUGUGAUGUCAACGCGUCCUGUCUAUCUCGAUCUUUCUCGAUGGCUUGAUCCCGACGACAAUCCUAAGCAGAACAAACAUGGUUCUGAUGAGAAGUACUUAGCGUUCGCGUUUCCCUCACUUGGGGCGAUUGCUUUAUGGAUUCGUUACUCCUCGUCCUUGAUCCAUAAUGUCUCGAAAUGAGGCUGCUUUGGCAGCGAUGCCAGGCCACGAUGAACGGACCCCUCUGCUAUCUCCAACCUCCACCGACUCUUUACUAGCUCAGGAUCUCAGUAGCGAUGAGAAUAGAAUAAAGAAGAAACCCCUGAUAUCGCGUUUUCACGUCGUUUUCUUCCUCAUAGCCAGCGUCUUGGUGGUCUCCGGCGUUGCGGACGGGAUCUUUGACCCAGCGACCACCCGCCUGAUUGAAGAUGCCUAUUGCCGACGUUACUAUCGAGCGCACGAUUCCUCAAUGGUGGGACUGGACGUUCAGAAUGGCAUCCCGGAGCAGUUCUGCAAGCUUCCGGCGGUGCAGGGCGAUGUUGCGCUGCUCAGGGGCUGGCUCAUGUUUCUGGAGGCCGGAACGUCGCUGAUAUUCGCUCCGAUUUUUGGAUGGGUCGCUGAUAGAUACACGAGAAAGUGGGUUGCGGUGUUGCUUAUGUGCUCCUUCGCCCUCAGGUCGCUUUGGAUUUCGACAGUUUUAUAUUUUCCGAAAACGAUCAAAAUCGAGCUGAUCAUGCUUGCCUCGAUGCAUACGGUGCUAGGAGGCUCCAGUGCAGGGGCGAAUUCGCUUCUCUACACUAUCCUAACAGAUGUGACACCCGAACAGAAACGAGUUGCUACAUUCUUCCGAUUGGGAGGAGCAUCGAUGUCGUCCAUGCUCAUCAGCCCUCCGAUAGCUUCGGCACUAAUGAAGGCCAAUGUAUGGACGGCAAUCCUCGUUGGUCUUGGCCUCUACGUUAUUAACGCUGUGAUGUGUCUACUGCUCCCGGAGACACUUCCUGAGGUCUCCAAGUCCGGUCACUCAAUGGCACCACGCAACUCUGAUAUGGGACAUGAGACGGCGAAUACGAUCCCUGACUUCUUAAAGAAGGCUCGUGAGAAAGUCCAUUAUAUGACAAGCUUCGUUAUCGAGGACUCUCGUGUCCUCUUACUUCUUCCGCCUUUUAUGUUCCAUAUGCUCCUUAUGGAUCGUUCUCUCAUCUUACAAUACACUAGUAUUCGAUUUGGAAUGCCACUCUCGGAUGCCACUCUUUUUAUCGGCAUUCGAGGGGGUUUCACGCUCGUGUACUUCCUUAUUGUCAUGCCCAUCAUUAUGGACCGCAUCCAAUCGUCCACGCGCUGGCCUCGAACCCGCCUUUCCGUCCGACACUCCGAUCUACUUCUUGGCAGGAUAUCGGCGAUAUCACUGUUCUUCGCUUUUUUGGCCACCGCUGCUGCGCCAAUCAUUCCGCUUUUCGUCGUCGCUCUGUUCAUCCAGGCCCUUGGACUGGGUAUCACAUACUUCCUUCGUGGAUUACUUACAUCGUUUGUCGGCCAACAUCAACUGGCACGACUGUUCACUGUGAUAACGGUGGUGGAUGCGCUGGGCCUCAUGGUGGGAAGCCCUGGUCUUGCCUGGGUCUUCGAGAAGGGAAUGUCUGCCAAUGUCCCUGGUUUGCUAUGGCUGGUUGUUGCAUUGGGCGUCUUUCUGACGUCAGUGGGAAUGUUUUUUGUGUCAAAGCGGGAGGUAGAGGGGGUUCUGGACGAAGCGAGCGAAUAGAUAAUAGAUCGCUAUUGUAUAGCUGGCCAAUAUAUUAUCAAGGAGCAGCUUCGCAGCGGGUUGAGAACUAUAUCCCAUAGUUAGUUUACUCUUUUAAACAAUCUAACGGCAGAUGGACCUCCGUUUUGGGCG